CUUAAGCUGUAACGCAUUUAUGUCCGCGGAAAAGUUUUGAAAGAGUCAGAUUGGCGUGCUGUGACUCCAGUAACGCAUGUAACGCAUGCAUUGUUGCGUUAUUUGGAACAAUUCUGAAUUCUCUUUGUUUGAAGAUAAGGUUAUGAGGUUAACUAUUAAGUAAUAGAGUUAAAUAAUAAGCAAGUUGUGCUUGAAUAAACUCGAAAAUGGAUUUUUUGGAGUACACGGAUAUAAUCGCAGAAGUGAAGGGAGCUAUGACUCCUGGACGACUAAAAUUAACAGAUCAGCACUUAAUUUUCAAAAAUCAGAAAACAGGAAAAGUAGAACAAAUUUCAGCAUCUGACAUGGAAAUGGUAAAUUAUCAAAAAUUCAUUGGUACCUGGGGGCUACGAAUAUUUUUGAAGAAUGGAACAUUACAUAGGUUUCGUGGUUUUAAAGAUUCUGAUCAAGAAAAAAUUGCAAAGUUUUUUGUACAAAAUUAUAAAAAAGACAUGUUGGAAAAGGAACUUAGUUUGAAAGGUUGGAAUUGGGGUACCGCAAGGUUUAACGGUUCAGUUUUAAGUUUUGAUGUUGGUCAUCAUACAGCAUUUGAAAUUCCACUAUAUGAUGUAUCUCAAUGUAAUACUGGUAAGAAUGAAGUUACUCUGGAGUUUCAUCAGAAUGAUGAUGCUCCUGUAAGUUUAAUGGAAAUGAGAUUUCAUAUUCCAGUUAGUGAUAGUGUAGAUCAAGAUCCUGUAGAAGCAUUUCAUCAACAAGUUAUGGAGAAAGCUUCUGUUAUUAGUGUCAGUGGAGAUGCUAUUGCUAUAUUUAGAGAAAUUCAGUGCCUAACACCACGUGGUCGUUAUGAUAUAAAAAUAUUUCAGUCAUUUUUCCAAUUGCACGGAAAAACAUUUGAUUACAAAAUUCCAAUGUCAACAGUUUUACGGCUUUUCCUUUUACCACAUAAAGACAGCAGACAGAUGUAUUUUGUCGUCAGUCUAGAUCCACCAAUUAAGCAAGGCCAAACUCGUUAUCAUUAUUUGGUAUUAUUGUUUAAUCAAGAAGAAGAGACUUCUAUUGAACUACCCUUCUCCGACAAAGAAUUAAAAGAAAAAUAUGAAGACAAGUUAACGAAAGAGCUGUCAGGACCAACAUACGAAGUGUUAGGAAAAGUAAUGAAAGUUAUAAUAAACAGAAAAAUCACUGGUCCUGGUAAUUUUACGAGUCAUUCUGGAGCUCUUUCAAUUAGUUGCUCUUUCAAAGCAGCCGCAGGUUCCCUCUAUCCUUUGGAAAGAGGUUUUAUUUACGUUCAUAAACCUCCUAUACAUAUUCGGUUCGAAGAAAUCGCAUCUGUAAACUUCGCUCGUGGAGGAGGCUCUACCAGAUCGUUUGAUUUCGAAAUUGAAUUAACCAGUGGUGUUGUUCACACAUUUAGUAGUAUUGAGAAGGAGGAAUAUGGAAAAUUAUUUGAUUUUAUUACUUCGAAGAAAUUGCGUGUUAAAAAUAGAGGCAAGAGUGAUAAACUAACCUACGAUAAUGACUUUGGUGAUAGCGAUCAAGAAGAUGAACCAGAUGCGUAUUUGGCAAGAGUUAAAGCUGAGGCCCAAGAAAGAGAUGCAGGAGAUAAUCAAGAUUCUGAAGAAGAGUCGACAGAUGAAGAUUUUAAUCCCAAUCAAGAUGAGAGUGAUGUAGCAGAAGAGUACGACAGUAAUCCCAACACUUCUGAAAGUGAAAAUGAUUCUGACGCUUCUGGAAAGAGUCAGAAGAAAGACAAAAAAGAAAAGAAAGAAAAGAAGGAAAAGAAAUCGAAGUCUGCUAAAACAGUGUCUGAAAAACCAAGAAAGCCUAGGAAGCAGAAAGCAGAAAGAGAUGCAAAUAAACCUAAGAGACCACCAACAGCAUUCAUGAUAUGGUUGAACAGUGCACGAGAAAAAAUUAAAGCAGAUAAUCCAGGAAUUGCGGUUACAGAAAUUGCCAAGAAGGGAGGAGAAAUGUGGAGAGAGCUCAAAGAUAAAUCUGAAUGGGAAGAGAAGGCAGCUAAGGCGAAAAAAGAAUAUGCGGCUUCAAUGAAAGAGUAUGUAGCUAGUGGAGGUGGUGAAGUGAAAGAAAAGAAAGAAAAAGGUGAAAAGAAAAAGAAGGAAGUGAAGAAAGAAUCUCCCAGUAAAUUGAUGUCAGGAAGUACUUUCAAGAGCAAGGAAUAUAUUAGUGAGGAUGACAGUAGUAGCGAUGAAGGCAACAAGAAAGCAGAAAAGAAACGUUCAGAUGAAGAUAGUGACGAAAACAAGGGAAAGAAAAGAGGAGACAAACGUGCUGCUACGGAAGAUGAUGAUAAAAAGGUAAAGAAAGAAAAGAAGGAUGAGUCUGAUGAAGGCAGUGAUGAAGAACCUAUUGAAAGUACUCCACCAUCCAGUGAUGCAGAAUCUAAGGAAAGUGAUUGAUUCAUUAUAAUUACUAUAUGUAUAUAUGUACUAUUAGUAUUUAAAAGAAUAUUAAAGUACAUUUCCACCUCAUAACUUUUUAAGUUAUACAACUAUGUUAUACUAAAUUUUUGUACUUGUGUUAUAGCAAUUUAUUUAAUUUUCUAUUUGUAUUCCGAAGAACAGUUUCUUGCGAAUUAACGAAUUGAUUAAAUGUUCAUUUAAGUAUUGAAA